AUGGCAGUCAAGAAAUUCUUAUUCGAGGAGGAGCUUGAAGCGUAUCGCAAGUUGAGGAACCAAAGCAAGGCUUCCAAAUUGCUCGAAGCGGUUUUCCAAGGAAUCACUCUACGACAUUACAUCUUUCCUAGCCUUGGUGAGAAAGUGUUCUUCGAAUUCUUACUGCAGAACAGCUACUCAGAACCGGUGAAUUGCGUUGUGGAAAUGGACGAGCCCGGCUUGAGCAUAGUAACCGAUAUGGAUGAAUGGAGUUUCUAUAAACGUGCAAACUCGCUCGGCACACCAAUUGAGAAGAAUCUGGUACUGCAAAAUGGUGGACGAUCGGAAAUCUUUCUGAAACCGAUGGAAGCCGUCUAUGUGCCAUUCCUCUAUGAUGACCUAAAGGCAACAAAACAACCCGAUGGCCAAGUUAUUUCAAAUAAACUGACUGAAUGUUGUACUACUAUCUAUUGUAUGAGCUUGAGCACUUGUCCUUUGAGGUUCUAUUUCGUCCGAUGGGAUAACAGGUCAGCGAUUUCAAUACUGGAUUUACGCGUUGAACAUCGUCCGUAUGCUCUGAAUGAGACCUAUCGAUUCUUCAAUGAAGCCGCUUCCAAUUGCGAACGGUUGAUCAAAAUUCAAGGAAUCCAGAAUGAUCGUCGCAUUGGCAGCGUACGCUGUAUGGACCCGAGCACAAAGGUGUUCCUACAGAAUCGAGGUGUUGAACAAGAACUAGCUAUUACGGCAUUUGCCGGAGAACCACUUUACGAUUCGAACUCUCUAGUGCUCGCUUUAUGGCGAUUCGCUCCGGCCCCGGUAGCGAAGAAGACCUGA